GAGCAUCUUCUUUCAGGACGCCCAGGUGGAGACGCAGCAGAGUGCGCCAAACCGUUCCGCUCAAAUCGGCGGUACCUUCCACAGCAAAGGAGCCCUUACGCUGGAAAGGUCGAACAUCACAGUUACAGGUGGCGGAGCUCGUUGGGGUGGUGGCUUGGCUGCUGGUGGCGACGUUGCCCUCGUCGAGGCCUCGAUUCUCAAGGUCGCCGGCAGCGUGGCAGAGCAGGACGGUGGGGGCCUUCACACAGCAGGAACACUGCGUCUUCGAGGAGGCUCCCAAAUCAUUGUGGAGGCGACAUCGGCGGCACGAGGUGGAGGCUUCUUCGCAAGUGGUGAGGCCAGAACAAGCCUGAAGCAGCACUUGGGUUUGUCUCAUCGCUAA